AUGAAGGUCCCAAGGAGAAUCAGUACCGACAGAUCUGCUGCUUGGUUUACCAUAUUGGCUUCCGUUGUGGCUGUGAUCUGCUGGAGCAUUUUCUUUGCCGGGUGCACUUCGUCAUCUACAUCCGAACACCUCUACCUGAUGGAAGUCAACCUGAAGGGCUUUCCAGAAAUACGGGGGAGCUCCAUUGGUCAGGGAUUCUCGCAGCUUCUUCCUCGCGCCCUCCCAAUCGGCGUUAGUCCCAAGGAAAUACCAACAGAGAUUGGAUCAGCCACCUCGGGCAUAGCAAGCACGGUGGAAAACACGCCCCAGGAAGUCGCGGGUGCGGCAGAGAACAUUGCUAGCGAGAUCAAGUUACAUCUGCCAGACUAUUAUCGCGUUGGCCUUUGGGGAUACUGCAGCGGAGAUGACGAUCAAAAGGCCGUGUGCUCUCACCCGUUGGCCAAAGGAACCGGCACAGUAUUUGUAUGCAUCAGGCUGCGCCAAUCUCAGGGUAAGGCUACCUAUCAUGCUAUUAUGAUUCAUGCAAAACCAUACGGUCUGCAAAUGCUAGAUGCAGCUAGCCACGUCAUCUGGUGCGCUUGCAAUUAUUGA